CUUUGCAAAUUGCACAAGGCAAUUCAUUAGCUUUGGUCGUUCUUUUUUACCUUCUUAUAUUCUUGUUGUUUUCCCCUUCUGCCUGGAUUUGCCAUCGUUGCCCAGCAAAGAAUUGGGCUUGGGCCAGACGAGUCGACCAGACCCAAAGGGGGCUAGCGCGGCGGUGCCCCUCGAGCGACGGAAAAUCGACCGUGAAAAAAACCCCACCACGAGAAACUGGAAGGGAAAAGCGCCACUAAAUAUUAAUCUUCAAUUUUCCCCUCCUCCUCCUCCUUCCCCUUCUCCUCUUCCUCCGUCUCUCUCCUCAUCGCCUUUUCCCUUUUAUAUCACCUACAUCUUCAUUCAUCACCCGCCAAAAUGAUCAUCUACACGGAUAUCAUCUCCGGCGACGAGGUUCUCGCCGAUACCUACAACAUCAAGACCGUCGACGGCGUUCUCUACGAGUGCGACUGCCGCAAGUACCUCAAGAAGGCCAACGAGGACUUCGAGCUUGAGGGUGCCAACCCCUCCGCUGAGGGUGGUGAUGAUGAUGCCGGUGGUGAGGGUGAGGCCGUCAUGGUCCACGACAUUGAGGACCAGUUCCGCAUGAACUGGCUCAAGACCGAGGAGGGUCUCAAGCCCUCCAAGGAUGCCUUCAAGUCCCACCUCAAGACCUACAUGAAGAAGGUCCUGACCAAGCUCACCGAGAAGGGUGCUCCCCAGGAGACCAUCGAUGAGUUCAAGAAGGGUGCCCCCGCUGCCGUCAAGAAGAUCCUUGCCAACUACGACAACUACGAUGUUCUCAUGGGCCAGUCCAUGGACGGUGAUGCUAUGCACAUCCUGAUCGACUUCCGUGAGGACGGUGUCACCCCCUAUGCCACCCUCUGGAAGCACGGUCUCGAGGAGAUGAAGGUUUAAAUUCUCCAUACCAACUGUGGAGAAUUGUUGUCAUGAAUCGAAAAGAUAAGAAGAGAUACACAGAAUAUGCGAUCAUCUUGAAGCGAGCAUCCACGGGUCCCGGACGUCAGGGCGUGAAGAUGGAGAUAUUCAUCUCCACCAGAAGCGUUCCCGGUAAAACUUCUGGCUAUUUCCUAAUACCCCAACGAUAUAAUAUCGCUCCUGCGUCACAUUUCUUGUUGCGUCCUUCUUGAUUAAAGUCACGCCUCAUGAAAUCCAUAACUACGUUUUUUUAUUCAUUUACAUGAUUAUCGGCGGUAUUAUCCGUCUGGUCACAUAAUUCACCAAACCCUGCCUUCGCCG